AUAAGGUUCAAGGUUCACUGUCCUGCUCUGCAUUAUCUGUUGAGCAAGCUCGAGAACAGUUCACUUUGUUCGCGAUGAGUCUGACUGUGAAGAGCCACAGUGUCUGCCUCAGUGAUGGAAACCACAUUCCACUGCUGGGACUGGGCACAUAUGGAGACCCUCGAACGACACCCAAAGGCACCCCGCUUGAGUGUGUCAAGCAUGCCAUAGAUGUGGGUUACAGGCACUUUGAUGGGGCGCUGGUCUAUUUCAAUGAGCAUGAAGUGGGUCAAGCCAUUCGAGAGAAGAUUGCUGAUGGAACCGUUCGAAGAGAGGACAUUUUCUACUGUGGGAAGCUCUGGAAUACCUUCCACCCUCCGGAGUUGGUGAGACCGGCCUUGGAAAGGACACUGGAAACCCUAAAAUUAGACUAUGUGGAUCUCUACGUCAUUGAGCUUCCAAUGGCCUUCAAGCCUGGAGACGAGUUUUAUCCAAAAGACAAAGAUGGAAAACACAUCUACCACCACACAGACCUUUGUGCAACAUGGGAGGCAUUAGAGGCUUGCAAGGAUGCUGGACUUGUGAAAUCUCUCGGAGUCUCCAACUUCAACCGCAGACAGCUGGAGCUGCUGCUGAAUAAACCUGGUCUCAAACACAGACCUGUAUCAAACCAGGUUGAGUGCAAUCCAUAUUUCACACAACCCAAGCUUCUGGAGUACUGCCGUCAAAAUGACAUCGUGAUUGUUGGCUAUUGCCCAAUUGGCUCCUCCAGAGAUGCCUCGUGGGUGAAUUUGAAAUGUCCUCCCAUGUUGGAGGAUGAGCUGCUUGUUUCCAUUGGGAAAAACUACAACAAGAGUAGCGCUCAGGUGGCUUUGCGCUUCAACGUCCAGAGAGGAGUUGUCGUGAUCCCUAAAAGCUUCAAUCCAGAGAGGAUCAAACACAACCUCCAGAUAUUUGAUUUUUCACUCACGGAAGACGAAAUGAAAGCCAUUGAGGGACUGAACAAAAAUGUUCGUUUUGUGGAGCUGCUGAUGUGGAGUGACCAUCCGGAAUACCCUUUUCAUGAUGAAUACUGAAGUCGUCCAUGGUUUCUCUGCUUUUUGGGCAAAUAAUUACAACAAAACCCGGACUCUGAAUGUGUUUCAAUGUUGUUUUGUUCUGGUACUUUUUCACACUAAACACUAGAGGGCUCCAGUUCAAAGGGAAUCCAUCCAGCAAUGAUUGUCGAUGCUUUUGUCCUCAUGAGGGUCCACUGGAGCAAAUCCCAGCUGACACAGGGUGAAAGGUGGCGUACAAACACACACAAAAAAAGGAAAAAAUCAUUACAAUUCUAGGAUUUCUAGGAACGUACUUUUAAUGUGAAAUGAAUUGGAUUGUGCUGUUUAUAUUUACCUUUCACAAUCAAACAGACACAUUAGUUUGUGUCUCACAUGAAGCUUUUGUAACACUAAACACUGAUUGCUGCUGGAAGUUUCAUCUGAAAUAAAUGUGCUAAAAGUUUCACAUUAUCUGAAUGUGCAGUGGCAGAUUUGCUCUCGGCAGUUCUACUGUUGUUAAUUUGUUUGGUUGACCGAAGUCCUGUAUCAUGUGCAGUAAAUCAGCUGUGUUUGAACUACAACUCGUGGAGCAGCAAUGAGGUUAUGCAUGUCCACGUGUCCACAAAAUAUACACUUUUAAGGGGAAUGGAAAGGAUUCACUGGCGAGGAGUUUCGCAAAACUAUAGAAUAGCUCUCAUUGUGAGCUGUAGCUGAAAAUGAAUACAUGGGAAAUGUUUAACUAUAAUAAAUCCUUAAUAACAAUAAUAAAAAGGUCAGUCAAACAAAAGGAUAAACCAGAGAGAAGAAAGCUUAAAGGCUACUAUACCUGAGAUUGUAAAAUGUAUGAACCAGACAACCAAAGACGUGUAGCAAUUAACCAAAUUAAAGUGACAGUAUAGGUUUAUUGAGAACACUUGCCUGAGCAUCUUGUUUGUUUAAAGAGGAUACACUGCAAAAAAAUAAAAUGAUUGAAACCAUU